AUUUCCGUCGGAGGCCGGUAAAACAUGCACAAUGACUUCGCUGAUACGACGCUCACGAACAUUUCCUGCCGCAUCUCAUAAUCCAGACCAAACUCACUCAGAAAGUGGACACAUUUUUUCCUCUUGCUCUACGAGACCUCAACAUUUCCUCAAGUUAUUUUCAGCCAAACAGGAAAUCAGUUCCAGAUUCACCUCUAGCCUACCAUGUCUGAACCAGGUUCUGGUUGUGGUGUUCCAGCCCAGAGAAGCUCACAGCGGGGUCCAGAGUUGCUGUCAGUGAAGCUGGGGGACUGCAGUCAAACAGUGGAACUCAAUGUGAUUGUCAAAGAGGAGGAGGAGGAGAGAGAAAUCAAUGAGGGGGAGGAGGAAGGGAGAGAGGAGGACAGGGACUCUGUUGACUCAGGAGAGAUCCCCAACCCAGACUCAGUCAAGGAGCCCAGUUCCACAGCAUCAAGACUACCUGGACAUGGGAGUUAUUCGUGCCCUCAAUGUGAGAAGAGUUUCAGUUCCUCAACUAUUCUAAAGAAUCAUCAAAGAGUACACACUGGAGAAAAACCUUUCCUCUGCUCUGCAUGUGGGAAGAGUUUCAGUGAGAAAGUAAACCUUAAGAGACACGAGAGAGUACAUAGUGGAGAGAAGCCUUACCACUGCACCCAAUGUGGGAAGAGCUUCAAUCAUUCUGGAAGCCUUAAGGAACACCAGAGAAUUCAUACAGGGGAGAAACCUUACCACUGCGUUCUUUGUAGGAAGCAUUUCAGUCAGCCAGGAAGCCUUAAGAAACACCAGAGAAUUCAUACAGGGGAGAAACCUUACCACUGCUCACAGUGUGGAAAGAAUUUUCGUUUCGCAGGAGACCUAAAGAGUCACCAGAGAUCACACAGUGGAGAGAAGCCUUACCACUGUUCUCAGUGUGGCGAGGGAUUCACUCAGCUCAGGCGUCUUAAACGUCAUCAGAGGAUACACAUUGGAGUGAAGCCUGUCUGUGUUUUAAAUGUGAUUGUCAAAGAGGAGGAGGUUGAGAGGGAAAUCAAAGAGGAGGAAAAGCGAGAAGUUGAGGAGGACAAUAGUGGUGUAGUUGACCCAGAUACAUCAACAUUACCUGGUUGUAGUCUUUACCCUUGUCAUCAAUGUGGGAAGAGUUUCCGUUCCUCAAGUAAUCUACAGAAUCAUCAGAAAGUACAUACUGGAGAAAAGCCUUACCACUGCUCUGAGUGUGGGGAGGGAUUUACUCAGCUACUACGUCUUAAAAGUCAUCAGAUAAUACACAAUGGAGGGAAGCCUGUUUGUGGGUUAAAUGUGAUUGUCAAAGAGGAGGAGGUUGAGAGGGAAAUCAAAGAGGAGGAAAAGCGAGAAGUUGAGGAACAGGAGGACAAUAGUAGUGGAGUUGACCCAGAUACACCAAGACUGCCUGAUCGUGGUCGUUACCCUUGCCAUCAAUGUGGGAAGAGUUUCCGUUCCUCAAGUAAUCUAAAGAAUCACCAAAGAGUACACACAGGAGAGAAACCUUACCACUGCUCCCAAUGUGGGAGGGGUUUCAGUGAGAAGGUAAAUCUUAAGAGACAUGGCAAAGUACAUAGUGGAAAGAAGCCUUAUCACUGCACCCAAUGUGAGAAGAGCUUUAAUUAUUCAGGAAGCCUUAAGGAACACCAGAGAAUACAUACAGGGGAGAAGCCUUACCACUGCUCUCUAUGUGGUAAGAGUUUCAGUCAGCCAGGAAACCUUAAGAAACAUCAGAGAAUACAUACAGGGGAGAAGCCUUACCACUGCUCUCUUUGCGGUAAGAGUUUCAGUCAGCCAGGAAACCUUAAGAAACAUCAGAGAGUACAUACAGGCGAGAAGCUUUACCACUGCUCUCACUGUGGGGGGGGUUUCACUCAGCUAAGAAGUCUUAAAAGUCAUGAAAAAAUACACAUUGGAGGGAAACCUGCCUGUGCUUUCAAUGUGAUUGUCAAGGAGGAGGAGGAGGAGGAG